CGCGACUCCCUUUCCCGGCCAUCUUGUGGCAGCAGCAGACAGGCGGUUCGCCUCGGCCUCGUAGAAUCGGAGGAGAAUCCUGCUGAAGGGGCGCCAUCAUGCCCGGACAUCUGCAAGAAGGUUUUGGCUGCGUCGUAACCAAUCGGUUCGACCAGCUAUUCGACGAUGAAAACGACCCGUUCGAGUUGCUGAAGGAGGCGGAGAGCAAGAAGAAGGUCGCGGCAGCAGCAGCCGCCGCCGGUGGUGGUGCCGCCGCCAAGACCGCGGCUCAGGCUGCCAAGCAACUGAAGAAGGAGUCGCAAAAGGACAGAAAGAACCCGCUCCUGGACAAGAAAGAGGAGACGCAGGCGCCGGUAGCUCUGAAGAAGGAAGGCAUCCGGAGAGUAGGCCGAAAGCCUGAGCAGCAGCAGCAGCCGCCGCCACCGCAGCAGCAGCAGCAGUCUGGCUCCCACCAGGGGCAAUCUGGCUCCCACCAGGGGCAAUCUGGCUCCCACCAGGGGCAGUCUGGCUCCCAGCUGGGUGGUCAAGGCGAGGGUCGGCCUGGGGACAGGAGACCAGACCGGAGACCACCUCGUGAGCGGCGCUUGGACAAGCCUGCUGAGGACAAGCCUGAGGGUGGCGAAUUCUCUGUGGAGAACAGGUCCACAGGAGAAAGGCCGCCACGAGGACGUGGCAGCGGCCGAGGAGGUCGUGGUGGCCGUGGGCGAGGACUGGGCAGAAGUGAUGGCUUUGACUCCCGCGGAAAGCGUGAAUUCGACAGACACAGUGGCAGCGACCGGUCCAGCCUGAAAGCAGAGGAGAAGCGUGGUGGGAGUGGAUCCCACAACUGGGGCACUGUAAAGGAUGAGUUGAGUGACCUUGAUCAAUCCGCUAUUACGGAGGAAACCCACGAAGGCGAAGAUCAUCCUCCUGCUGAUUCCGAAAACAAGGAGAAUGAAGCUGAGGAGGUAAAAGAAGGACCCAAGGAGAUGACCCUGGAUGAAUGGAAAGCCAUGCAGGACAAGGAGCGGGCCAAGGUGGAGUUCAACAUCCGCAAAGCCAAUGAGGGUGCUGACGGCCAGUGGAAGAAAGGAUAUGUGCUGCACAAGUCCAAGAGUGAAGAUGCCCAUGUAGAUGAUGCAGCUGCAGACCAUCACUUCCGAAAGCCGGCCAAUGACAUCACAUCCCAACUGGAGAUCAACUUUGGAGACUUGGGCCGCCCAGGACGUGGCCGUGGCGGACCCCGUGGUGGAAGGGGUGGGCGUGGUAGCAGCAGGCCAGUGCGUGGGGGCAGAUCUGAUAAGCCUGGUGGCGUGUCUGCACCUGAUGUGGAUGACCCUGAGGCUUUUCCUGCCCUGACCUAAGAAGGGUCAGCUGUCAUCAGCCAAACCUUAAGACCCCUGCCACCCGGGUUCUCCUCUACAUGGCUUGCAUGCUAAUGGAUCCUUCAGCUACAAAUGAAAAACAAAUGGAAGACUGUCAUCCAUACCAUUCACACUUAUGGACUGAAAACAAUUUUAAAAAGGAAAAAAUCGAAAGGACUACUUGCUGCUCUCAAGCAAACUAUUGAUCAAGGUUUUGUAUUUAGAAACAUGGUAGCAGGGAUGCUUUCAUACAGUAUUUUUUUCAGAGAUUAUGCAUUCUUCAUAAAUACUUUUUGUAUUGCUGCUUAAAAUUAUGCCUUUCCAAAUAUAGGUGUGAAGAGUAAAUGUUAGUUCAUGGUGUCCCGUUGCUUGGUUUCUUCCCUCGUAAUUCAAAAUACAUCUUCAGUAUGAACAGUUGAGGGUUGUCCGCCACUCAAAAAAUACUACCAAAUAUAGGGUUUAAGCAGUUAUUUGGCAAGAUGCAAGUCUUACUUUUGAGUACAGUACUGUUUUUUUGUACAGUUUUUUUAAUUGGGACUUGAAGUGUACAUCACAUUCAGUUUAUGAAGAUAUUGAUGUGGUAUUUUCAUAGGCUGUUGGUAGAUACCUCUGGUUUUAUUUUAUUUGGUUGGACCACUUUGUCCAAGUGGGUGUGUGUUUGUUCCCUGGCCUGAUGAACACUUGACUUUUGAAUGGUUUGUGGUGGAUUAUCCUUUGGAUUUGGCUAUUCAUUCUUGGGGGUCAGGGGUAGACUACAGGUUUUAGCUUUUCAUUUUGACCUGUGUUAGUUUUUUCUGUUUAUAAAAAAAAAUCAAAACUUAAAAAUGGUCUACUUGCUGGUAUUUUUUCUGCAGCAGUACUACUGCAUAAUUUUUCUGAAAGAAAUGCAUAAUUAAAUGUGGAACAGGUACUACAGAAUGUAUGAAUUCUAACCCUGCUAAUAGAAUACUUUUGUCCAUAUUUGAUUGACUUUCAGUAUGUAGUGUGAAUUUUAACACAACACGGGAAAAGUUAAAAUAUGGCCAUAAUCACACUGAAGCUUUUUAUUUAGUGUUGGAAAGUCGCUGGCGAUGAACACAACUUACUCCUGCGGAUUUUUCUUCUGUACAACUGUUGGGUCCAGACAGGUUUGGGGUUUUGACUUAAAGCCCAUUUUUUGCAAACAUCCCUGUUCUAAUAAAUUGCUUAGAGGUGUUAAUUUCCUGCCUCAGGCAGAGAGUAGUGUGGAAUAAUUUCCAUUUCAUUUGUGGUGCAAAAGUUGGGAGUGACCCCCUGUAAAUAAUUUAUGCUCACUAAUUGUAUUAGAUUUGUCUUGGUUUUCACCACUACUUCCGUGCAUGGUUAACCAAGGUAUUUUCAUACUACUGCCUUUGUUAUAAAAAGGCACAUUACUUCAGGUUAUUUUGUGCACUCUGGGUUUUCCUUAGAAAAGUUUUGGACAUGUGAUUUACCAGCUGUUUCCUUCAAGUCCUGUGCCUUAAUGCUUUUAAGCAAAAUUUAUUUUGAAAAUAUUAACAUUCAAUAUGUCUUCAUGCUACAGGAACAAGCAGUUUUAUUAAUAUUCAAGUGAGAAAUACUGCUUUAGUUGAAUAAGAUGUUAAAGAAGCUAUGUUUCAUGUUGGGUGGUUUUUAGUUCACCUAUAAAAACAAGAACUAUUCCAAGUAUGUGCUGGUUAUCUCAAGCAGCACUGAAUUAUUAAAGGAGGCCUCUUUAUAGUUUUCUAUAAACUGGCUCCUCCAUGUACAGUUGGCACUGGAAGUGUGUUCAGAACUUCAGAGCCACUUUUACCCCAAGACACCAUGAAUAAAAGCUUAAUAUAGCUGUCUUGUCAUUCACUCUUGAGUUGCACAUUGCUUUGGACAAAAAUGUCUGCUAAACAAAUAAAUAUGAUUUGGUCAUCAGUUAGGUAAAUUGAGCUAGAAUACCAGUUGUAGCCUGUAAACUGGAAUUGUGCAAAAUUUAUCAGAUCCCACACAUACUCAAUGUGUGCCUUUUAGAGAGGAAACAGAUUGCAUUUGCUUCCCUACUGGGAUUUUAGAGACUAUAACCCUGAAGAAAGUGUCCCAUUAUUGUGUGAAAAAACAUUUUUGAAAACGUGUAGCUUGAGCAUAUAAAGAGACAUUAUGGUAAAGAUGGAGUGUGAAUCACAGGUCUUUUUGGGUGUUAGUGAUGUGAUAAUACAGUACGAAUAUGGUAUACUGUGAGUAUAAAAAAUUGAAUCCUGCCAGAGUUGUUCAGUCAGUUUAAUUAUAAGUUAGUGAUGAUGUUGGAUGGUCAAAUUAUAUUCUAAUGUUAUGAGCUGUACAUUUACAGAAUUGAUACUUAGUCAAACACCUAGAAAACAACCACAAAUCAAUAUGAGUGAAGGGUAACUUCGUGGUGGCACAAACCCAGAACUUUACAUGCCGAUAGAGCUUGAUGGUUUAAUUAAAAUUGAGCUUUCAAAGGAAUAUGCAGAGGUGUCAAUGGGCAGAAGUUUUCUGGAAAGGAACACAUUGUUAGGUUUUUCCUUUCCUUGUGUAGUAGCUCUCCACAGCAUGGGAAUACUGUGUCCUUAGCAGCCACUUUCGUCUGUCGUCAAUACACCUUUCAGAGCUGGAGUGGAAUGUUUUGGCCAUCCUAAAGUUCACAUUCUGCCCCAGAGCAGUGAGAGCUCUGCUGGUCACCUCUUAUUUUUCACUCAUGUGUAAUGUGUGAUUUUGAGAGAUUGUGAAAUCAUAAUGCAUAAAUUUUUACAUUUGGUUAUAUGUCUAAAAUCAUCUGACAUUGCAGUUGCUCUAUUGUGAGCUUCAGAUAUGGGCCACCAGAGCAAUCAAAAGUAGCCAUUUGCUACUUUGCUCUUUUACUGGAACUUAGUGCUAAUAAACGUUAGUAGCGAUGUUGAAGAGAUCUGUGCUUUCCAUUAUACCCUACUGUGAUUUAAUUGGUCCAAGUAAUGGUUUAUUUCUGUUCUAAAUAGUAGCGCUGAAUUUUCUCUUUCUGUACGAUUACAGCUGUGGGUUGAGCAUUUUCGUUUAAGGCUAAAACAUAAGUGGCGUUAAAAGAUGUGGGUACAGUCCACCCUUACAAAGAUAAUGCAUUCCUAAAAAACCUUUCAUAAGGUGAAUUCUCAUAACUCAGAUGUAUUUACCAUGAGUUCCAAUGGUGAAAAUCCUCAGCCCCAAAACUGACUUUAAUAGUUAAACUGCCUUAUGUUGUAACUAAUGUUAUCUUUAAUGAUAGUGCAGAAAAGCCGUGAACUCAUCCUCAUUCAGGUCAGUAUACUUGGCUAAGGAAUGAUGAGAUAUGGUGAGAGUAGAGUGGGGAAGUGGAGAUGCCAUAAUGCAGACAUUAUUAAAACACAAGGCAGCAAGAGGGUACAGCCAGUGAGGAUUAAUGUAGAAAAAUGCCCCAUGCAGUAAGUCCAUGUGCCUUAGACAGGGCUGGUGCUCACCGCAGGACUGACACAUACAGUACGGUUUAUGGUUUGCAAAACCUAAACUAGCCAAAA